AGCCACGCCGGACAUAACUACGUACCGCCGUGCGCUGCGCUCCAGCCCAGCCUGAACGGGACAAAGUAAAGUGUGAACUUAACAAACAGCUCGGAUAAGAGAAAUGGACCACUGUUAAUAGACAGGCUGCUAUUAGACAUAUUUUGCGAGUUUUUGCGUUCGGAAUGCGGCGUCUCAUCCAUCCAAAUGUCUCUUGUGCGGAUUAGACUGUGUGCUCUCUAAUUUUAAAGGCAGGACGGAGGGCCAAAUAAUCAUAUUACUGUUGGGACGUUUAAAAAAAUCCCGUUUCACGCGGAUGUGCACGUAUGCUGUAGUUGAGACGCUGCCAAAAACUUUGUUGCGCUCUCGUUCUUAUUCACACAUCUGCGUGUCAUGUCGGAGGAAACUAAUUUAACGCAGCAAGACAUUUGCCCUGAAAGUGCGGGAUGUCCCGAGGAGGAUGCGUUUGGCUUUGGAGAUGAUCUGGAGUUAAAUCAGUUCGAUGGGUUGCCCUUCUCCUCUCGUUACUAUAAAUUAUUAAAAGAGAGGAAGGCUCUGCCCGUGUGGAAGGCCAGGUGUGAGUUUGUGGAUGCGCUGGUCAACAACCAACUUGUGAUUGUGUCUGGGACGGCAAAGACUGGGAAAAGUACACAGAUCCCUCAGUGGUGUGCUGAGUUCUGUCUGUCUGCCCAGUACCAGCAUGGCAUGGUGGUGUGCACCCAGACCCACAGGCAGCAGGCUGUCGACAUGGCACUACGUGUGGCUGAUGAAAUGGAUGUCAACAUUGGCCAUGAAGUGGGCUACACCAUCCCUCUGGAGACUUGCUGCUGCUCCGACACCGUGUUGAGGUACUGCACUGACAACAUGCUGCUGAGAGAGAUGAUGUCAGACCCGCUGCUGGAGCAGUACGGGGCCAUCGUCAUCGACCAGGCUCACGAAAGGACCGUAAGCACCGACAUCCUCCUGGGUCUCCUCAAGGACAUCCUGCUGCAGAGGCCCGAGCUCAGGGUGGUCGUCCUCACCGUGCCACCUAUGACGGACAAGCUGCUGAACCACUGCGGCAGCGUCCCUCUCGUCCACCUGGAGGCCUUGUGCCCGGCUGAGGUGGUCUACAGCAACAGCAGCCACAAAGACUACUUCUACUCCGCAUUGAGGCUGGUGCUGGAGAUCCAUCGCACCAAGGAGGAAGGAGAUAUUGCCAUGUUCUUGGCCUCAGCACAGGAGGUUGAUUGUGCCCACAGUAUCCUCCAGAGAGAAGGCGCCAGGCUCGGGGCAGAGUUGGGCCAGAUGGUGCCGGUGGUCCUGUGCACAGGCCAGGGAGGGCUCCUCCCUCUCCUGGGUGAGGAGCCAGGCUCCAGGAGGUUUAGGAGGGUUUUCCUCUCUGCUUCACAAGGGGAGGACAUGCUGUGUACCAUAGGCUCUGUCAACUUUGUUAUUGACACUGGAGUAGAGAAAAGAUUUGUGUACAAUCCAAGGAUAAGGGCUAACUCAGAGGUGCUUCGACCUAUCAGCAGGUGCCAAGCAGACCAACGCAAGCAGCUGCCUGGACUAACAGGCAAGUGUUUCUGCCUAUAUCCAGAGGAGAGAGAGCUGCCUGCAGAGAGCUCCCCACAGAUUUUAGAGUCCAACAUUACGCCCACAGUCCUCUUCCUCAAGAGGAUGGAGAUAGCUGGCCUGGGACAUUGUGAUUUCAUUGACAGACCAGACCCUGAGGGUCUCAUGCAGGCUUUGGAGGAGCUGGAUUACCUUGCAGCUUUAGAUAAUGAUGGCAACUUAUCCGAGAUCGGGAUCAUCAUUUCCGAAUUGCCUCUGGACCCUCAAAUGGCCAAAGCUCUGCUGGCAUCCUGCGAGUUUGACUGUGUGAGCGAGAUGUUGACCAUCGCAGCCAUGCUAACAGCGCCCAGCUGCCUCCUGGAGCCACCUGCUGGCAUGGCCCACGAGGCAGUCCAGUGUCACAGGAAGUUCCAGCACCCUGAAGGCGAUCACUUCACCCUCAUAAACAUCUACAACGCCUUCAAACAAAGCCAGAGAGAACCAUACUUCAGUGCAGAAAAAUGGUGCCAGGACUACUUCCUGGAUCACACCGCCCUGAAGACCGCUGAUGCCAUUAGAUCAGAGCUGACCGACAUCCUAAACAGGAUCGAGCUCCCCGUCUCUGAGCCCUCCUUUGGCACCAAGACCAACACACACAACAUCAAAAGGUCGUUGUUAGCUGGAUUCUUCAUGCAGGUAGCCCGAGAUGUGGAUGGAUCAGGAAAUUACUUCAUACUGACACACAAGCACAUAGCGCAGGUGCACCCGUCCUCCAGCUACGGGGUCAAGUCUCACAAGCUGGGACUGCCGGAGUGGGUUGUAUUUCACGAGUACACCCUGUCAGAGAACAACUGCAUGAGGACCGUGUCUGAAAUUUCCCCACAAGUGUUCAUUCAAGUGGCACCCCAGUACUUCUUCUACAAUCUGCCCCCUAGUGAGAGCAAAGACAUACUGCAAAACAUCCUGGACCAAGACGCAUCCUCCAGCUGCAAAGACAAGAAGCAAAAAGCGCCAACAAUCAGCAACGAUGCCAACGAAGACUGUGCCGUGGCUGUGCAGUCUAAUGACAGAUGUAUGAUUCAGUGAGGUGGUUUCAUGAAUGUGAAAAUCCAGGCUUGUCUCUACUGCCAAACGGAUUUACUUGUACAGAAUUCAUAUUUAGCCUGUUUAUUAUGUGUUGCAAACCAGAGACUCUAGUGUCAAUUUAUAAGAUGGCUGUAAGCUUUUUUUGUGUGUAGGUAGGCACACGUAGUGUAACAAAUCAACACGGUUUACAUUUUCCCCCUUCCACACUGUCAUCACACAACGCCUGUUUGCAUGAAAAUUGUUGGUGCUGGUGUCUCAUUGGCUAUGUAGGUCAUUAGACGUGUAAAGUGCGGCAGAGGCGCUGGGCUGGCGUGACGCUCGUCUGAUGUGUCGACAUGCCAUAAAUUGAAGGGGUGAAAAACACCACCAUACACUCGGAUGCAGACAGAAGAGGGGAGAUGCAGACUGGAAAAUGAUGGAGUGGAGCACUUUGCUGUGUGUUCAGGCUGCCUCAGAAGUCGUUUGACAGCCGGGUUGUCACAGACGUUCCUUUCCUCUCGUCGUCUCCUCUUCAAAGCUGUUGUUCUGGAAGCCGUUUGCCACUCGGGUUGUUGACUUCAUAUUGUGACGAGCUGGAUUUGAGACUUAGGGAUGUUGUCCGAGUUGACAUGAUACAAGACCUGGAAAGCUUAACUGGUGUCACGGCAUGCAGAUGUGUCAUGCAUUUGUCAAUCACCAGUGGUGAAGAGCUACACAAAUUCUUCAGCAGAAUACUCCAGCAAAAAAAAAAAAAAUAUUCACUCAUAAAUGUACCCGUGUAAAAUAUAAAUGUAUUAAUAGGGCAGUGCUGA